CGAGAUUUUGGCUGCCCGCGCGGCACGUUCCAGGCCCGAGGCAGCCCACGCAAGCUCGAAGCCGCAUCGAAACGGUCUCGAGCAAAGCGCCGCCUUGGCGCACGCACGUUUCGGCGCCGAGGCAGACAUCACAAGAAAACAGCCUUAGAAACAGCCAUGGCCGCCGCGGACGUCGCGCCGGCCCCGGAGCCGGCCAUGUCCGGCGAGCUGAAGAUCGUGCUCACCUGCAUCCUGCUGGGCGCCGUGGGCUUGACCGUUGGGGUCAUCACGUUUUCCACACUGCUCCCGGAGAUCUUCGGGGGGCGCCAGGGUUAUGUGGCGGGCGUCGUGCUGGUUUUACUGGCGUUGGCCGUCUUGGGUUUGUUGCAGGGCGCCUUUGAAUGUGUUUUGGGCGACGAUCUGGCCCUGCCGAAGCACGUGGCGGCGCUCGGGACACUUUUUGUGGUCGUCGCUUUGAACAGUGCGGCCGUAUGCGUCGGCGCGAACGCCAUGGUCCGGGGCGACAAGCCCGCCGCCGUCGUGUCAUUAGCUUGUGUCCUGGCCUUGCUCUCGUUGGGCCACUCUUUACUGAUAAGAUCGCAGCGGCGCAAGUACGCGAACCAGAAAGAAAUAUUAACAUGGCUGCCUGCUUGCUUAGCUACAAUAAUGCUGCCCUUCGUCGGCUUCUGGAUCAGCGUCGGGCCCGGCGUGCACGCGAGUGCCGUCGCGGCCGCUUGCUGCGUCGUUGCUCUAGGCUCGUUCGCCCCGUUAGCUCUUGCGGCGCCGGCCUUCAAAAGGGGCCGGACGGCGGGCCUAUUGCAAUUGCUACACGCGCUAUUGACGCUGAUCUCCGUCCUAGUGACCGCACUCGGCGGCCAGUUCGACAGAGGUGCUAGAAGUUUGAUCGUAUGGCCCUGCGGCCUCGCCGGCUCUUCAGCAAUACACUACCUCGUCACGGCCGCCGUGCGCCACCCCUUGUUCAACAAGGCCGAGUCGAACGAUGGGGGCGACGGCCCGUCGGCAUCACUCGCAUUACUUCUGCACGUGCUCGCGGACUUUGUCGGAGCGAUCAUUGUCAGGUGCGCCGACCCAAAAGCUUAUAUCUCCAUUGGAAGUGUGGCGAUCUGGGUCUCACUGUUGAUUGGCUGCGGGGCCUACUACUCGUCGCCCUCGGACUUCCUCUAUGUGCGCCGGUCCAUGCUCGCCCUCGUCUUCUUCGCGACGAGCUUCUGGACCGGUAGAGCGGCUUUACUGGUCACCGCACCGGUCGCCGUGGCGGCGUGGUGGGCGAUGCAGAUGCCCUGGUGGCGCACGGUGUGGAAAUCAACCAGUGAGUUAGGUUUGACACGUGGGGUGGCCGACAUUUGAUGUCCACACAGGUGGCGCACGCGCGGCGCCUACACCUACGCGCAGGUCACGACAGAUACUGCACCGGCGUCUCCCGCUAGAGUCGCGCCCGACACCGCGACGGUCGAGAGCGCCCCGUGGUACGAGCGCUCGAUCAAACCCUCCCUGUUUAUUUCUGGCGUGUUCCUGGGCGUGGGGUCCUUCGUUGCUGUCGAUUGGCUCGAUGCGCUGAAUGAUUGUGAUAGGUGGCUCCUCGCGGGAAGAGCGUUUUUGCUGUUGCCUGCUGCAUUAAUAUUAGCGGACGCGAAUCGAAGACGAGCCGUGGCUGGCGACGAGACGCACGCCACCAUCUGCGGAUUAGCAGCAUUUGCAUUACCACUGGUAGCGAUGGCUUCACUAAGGGGUGGAGACGGCAACACCGCACCAGAUGCUGUGAUAGCAUUACUCCACGCCUUCUUCGCCGUGAUACUCUUAGGAGUCACGUCGUCGAAGCGCAUCAAGGCCCCCCUAGCAGCGGUCCGGACAGCUCGAGGCUGCGCCAUGGUCGCCGUUCUUAUAUAUGUGGCUCGCUUGGAGACGUUCAACUUCGUGACAUAUGUCGUAGCAGUAGCCGCGUGUGUGGCCGGAGUCGUCGGGGCUGGUUCUAGUGAUGAAUUGGGCUAUGAUACGGUGCUGGGGGCCUGCGCUUUGUUAUUAGUGGCGGCCAUCGCGUUCUUGUCCGAAGGCGACUGCGGCGGGGGGCCGUCCACUUUUCAAUGUUCGGCCUAUCCCCUCCUCGCGUUGUUACCGGCCUUGGUCGUGUUCCACGUCCUACAACAAAAGGUCCGGAAGGCUGAAACAAGAACGGCGUUACUCCCGGAUUUGGCCGGCGCGGCGCUAGUACUGGCGUUAUCUUGUUUACCCUUCGCCAUCGCGGUCGUCGUGCAGAACGGGCGGCAGAUCAUCCACAACAUCGUGAAGCGGGGCGUCCAGGAGGCGGCGGGCGCGCCCUUCAUGCUCUCAGCCGUUAUAUUGUUCAUGGAGUGCGGACUUGUCGCAACUUACUUCUCGGCGCCCAAAGGUCCUGGCAAUAAAAAUGCCGUCUUCACGUGUCUGAGCAUGGUCGUAUUAGCAGCCACGGAAGUGGCCAUGCCCCUGGCGCUCGCACCGACGGCGUUGUUUGCCGUCGCGCUCGCGAGGAUGGAGAAGUCGUUACCCGCAGCCAUCGUCGCGACACUCACCUUCCUCGUAAGGGCCCAGUUCCAGCUCUACUUGGGGUUGUACGGUUUAGGCAUGAAGUGGUGGGCGCUCAUCCUGGGCAUUUGCACGUUAUUACUCGUCUUCAUGUGGCCGAUGCCGUCCCUGAAAGAUAACGAAAGCGGUCUACUAGUGGGCGUUUUCAGACUCGCCUUCAUCACAGGAGGAGUGGUAUUAAUAGGCCCGGCCACGUUCGGCUGGGGCGCGCUCAUCGGCGUCUGUUUCACGACGGGCUGGUUCGUCUUCACCGAUAAGAAGGAGGGAGGUUUGCGGGUCUUGCUGGCCUUGCCGUUGUUGUUCUUCGGGGCCAUCGACAUGGUUUUGAAUCUCCAGUUCGGGAUGACGGGCUGCCACGCGAUUGCUGCCGGCAUCGCCGCGGGGCUGACGCUGCUUGGUAGUUGUGUGCUAGCGAAGACUUCUGAUGACGACGUCGGGCGGUUCGUGGCGCAUGCAUCCGUAUACUUGUACGCUCUACCCUUGGGCCUGGGCGGGGCGCUCAACUCAUUAGAUGAUGGAUUACGCAUCGGUUCUGUGGUUGCCGUGCUCGUGAUUGUAUUGGUGUGGAGCAUCCUAGCGAAACAUGCUCUGAUGUCGGACGUCGUCAUCCCAAUCAUCUCGCUCUGCUGCGUCGCGGGUCUGUAUCGGAUCCCGGAGCGCACGCUGCCGGCGCUCGCUAUUACCUCAGCGGGCUGGUGUUUGGUGUUGGGCGCGCUGUCCCUCGUACCGAAGAAGGAGAAGGCGCCUCCAUCAGAUGAAGCAACGAGACCCGCAAAGGGUUCGUUUGAUGAGCCGGGCGACGUCGAGGCCUCCGAGCCGCCGCGGGGCCUCGGGGCCCUCGCCGCUUUUGUGCACAAAAACUUUUCUUUCAAGGGCUGUUUGGGAGGCGCGCCCAUCAACCGAAGGCGCCGCGCGGCGCUCUGGCUCCUCGCGGCCUUCACCUUCGUCAACGGCCCGGCCUCGAAAGUCGCGGCGAUUCCUGUGGUAGUCGCGGCCAUUGUACUUGUGGGGAAAGAGUUAGUGCAAGAAGAGGAGGAGCCUUCGCAAAAUAUCAGUGGCGAGGCGAUACUGACCAUCUUACUGCUGAUCGGCACGUAUCUGUUGGUCGUGAACAUCCAGGGCGAGGGCGCCUUCUACCCGUUCAAGUCCAUGAUCUGGCGCACGCAGCGCAACGCGACGGGCGCCUGCGCCGUCGUUUCACUAAUAGCGCUGCCUCUCGCUUUGAUAUUGUGGGUCUGCGAUGAAAAGAUCCAAGCCUUUGUCGUGGCCUACCUGUGGUGUGUGCCCUUUGGUCUGGCCGCGUCUAUUCCUACUAAGGGAUGGCUCGGCGUCGCCGCCACACUCGCGACGGGCGCGGUGUCCAUCGGGGUCUUCGACCACCCUUCGGUAUCCGCGGCCCUGACGCCGCCCGUCGCGCUCGUAAGUGGCGCCGUGCUCGCCGAGUUUUCGGGUGUCAUCGGCGCGUCGAGGCCCUACUGGCAUGUCUUCGCUGCUGGUUCUGUAUUACUAGCUGCGCUCGAGCUGUUCAUUUUCAUGCAUACUCCUCACGGUGAAAAGGCAAAGGACAGCCUCCUCUUAGCAGCCCAAACAGCUACAGCCAUGGGCCUCGCCUACUUCUUCGGGGGUAUUGUAGGUGUCUCUGCAGUCACGAUUGUCGUGCUCUUCGAUUGGCACGACAGGUUUACGGACGAGAACAAACGCAACGACAUGAAGAUCGUCUGGGGCUGCUUCGGCCAAGCCUUACUGGUGGGCGCGGGCCUGGGUACGGCGGGCUAUGCCAGGAACGCUAGUGGUUUAUUUGGUGAGUACAUGGGCCAGACUGCCGAUGCCGCUUCUCUCGUGGCCGGCUUCGGCGCUUUACUACUACUCAUCAUCAAAGACCACCGGUCGCCGGCCUUAGCCUACGCCUGGGUCCUCGCGUACGGUCUCGGUGGGGGCGCCGCGAACAAGCUUGGUAAUGCGCUCGUCGCGUGGGGCGCGAUCCUCGUGAGUGGUGCGUAUGCACUCACCAAGCGUCAUGUCGUGGCGUGCUGCUACGUGGUCCCGCCCCUCGGCUUCGCGGCCGGCGCCUUCCUGAGCGCGCGGGUGUGCUGCGCCCUCGCCGUGACCCGCGGCGUUUUUUAUGUUGCGCUGCCCGUGUGGGUCUACGGCUUCUUUCUACUGAUAUCGUCGAUUACCUUGAGACACCAGGGCAAGGACUUUAAUAUGGAAGCGUCGGAUGGCAUGUGCGCCCCCAAAGAACUCUGCGCGGCGACGUGGUGCUCGUGCUUGGAACUGAGCGGGUGGCUCUGGACCUUCGUGGGUUUGUGCGCCGGCCUCUUCUUCGGCAUCAACGCCGUCUGGGGCCGGAUGCUCUUCUGUGGGCUACUGAUUGUCAUGGGCCUCAUCAACCUGACGCGGGGCUUCCGCGUCGGCAAGCAAGUUUCUGAUCAUGCCGACGAGGCGCUCAACGAGAAGCAGAAGGCCGCGGAGAACGCCGAGUUCGCGCGCGGCGUGCGCCUGCGCAUCUUCGGGAUGGUCGUGAUUAAUCUCGCGGUGUGGUUCGCGGUGGGAGGCGUGGAGACCGCCAUCGCGCGGGCGCUGCUGGCGUGCCUCGGCAGCCUCGUGGCGAUCGCCUCGGGCUGCUUCUACCUCGUCUGGCAGAAACAGAUCCGCGCGCGCGCGCCGGCGCCGAAGCCUGCGCCGGUGCCAGUGCCCGAACCCGUCGCGCAGCCCGUCGCGCAGCCGCAGGAGGCGACGCCAGCGCCUCCCGCUCAGCCGCCAGCGCCACCGGCCGAACCGGUCCAGCCCCCGGCCCCGGCCCCGGCCCCGGCGGCAGCCCCGGAGCCCCUGCGGAAGGAGACGCUCCCCGCCGUCGACGUGGCCACGGGCGCGGCCGUGACCUGGCUCAAGGUCGAGCCCGCGACGAAGGGCGACGUCCUCCUGCACGUGCACCCGCCCAUGGACGCCUGCGUCAACGGCGCCGCGCUGACGGUCGAGCCCAAGAAGCUGAUCGAUCUCCUCCAGCAGGCCGAGGCGGCGUCGCUCGCCGCGACGCCGGCGCCGACGCCAACAACGCCGACCAGGCAGGAGCUCCGCGUCACCGUGCCCGACGGCUGCAGCGCCGGCCAGACGAUCCACGUGCAGGCCCCCGACGGGCGCAUCCUCGCGAUCGUGUUGCCACCAGGGUCUGCGCCCGGUAUGCGCCUUGCCAUCAAGCUCUGAGAAAUUCCUCGACGAUCGGCGUCUGAGAAUCCUCCCCCUUUCGUGCUCCCUCCCUCCCUCCUUCCCGUCAGCUCUCUAAGUCCGCGAUCUCGUGAUCGCGUUAAGGAGUCUACUACUA